AUGAAGACCUGCACCAUCGUUGGCAGAGUGCAGGCCAAGGGGCACCACUUCGUGAGAAUCGACGGAUACUCCCACACAAAGGCGAUGAUGGCCACCGGCGACCACGUCCUGUCCUGCGGCUUCCCCAUCGGCGGCCGCAUCUGGCGCGUCAAGUACUAUCCCAACGGCUCCGCCAAGGAGCAUGCCGACUGGAUCUCCGUCAGCCUUCUCGUCGACCCCGACACCAAGGCAGCCGCCGUGAAGGCGCGCUUCCGCUUCAGCCUUCUUGACACUGGCGGCGAGCCGGUGCCGGAAUACGUCACCAGCAGCAGCGAGAUACGAACGUUUCCGUCGCCGGGACCUAAAGCCGGGGGGUGGGCCUUCCCCCGCUUCGUCAAGCGACUCGACCUGGAGAACUCGGCGCACCUGAAGGACGACGGCUUCGCCAUCCGGUGCGACGUCGAUGUCAUGAGCGACCUGGGCCUGCACGUGGAGGAGACGUUCCUCGACGUGCCGGAGCCCGACCUGCGCGUCCACCUCGCCCGCCUCCUUCGCACCAAGGACGGCGCCGACGUGGCGUUCAAGGUCGGCGACGAGACGUUCGGUGCACACAGGUGCAUGCUCGCGGCACGGUCUCCGGUCUUCAAGGCGGAGAUCUCCGGCCACAAGGCUGAUACGUGCGUCAACAUCGACGGUAUGGAUGCUCCGGCGUUCCAGGCUUUGCUCCACUUCAUAUACACGGACUCCUUGCCGGACAUGGCCGGGCAAGACGUGCCUGCCGUGGUACGGCAGUUAAGUGCGGCGGCGGACAGAUAUCAAGUGGCAAGGCUAAAGUUGGUCUGCGAGGACAAGCUAAACAAAACCACGGCGACCGUGGAUCAGCGACAGCGGCAUCACCGCCACCGGUGGUUCAUGGGGACGUGCUUGGAGUUUGUGAAUUCGCUUCACCCUCGACGCCAACAACCACAACAUUCUCUCCCGUCGACGGCGACGCCGAGCUCCACGCCGUCCGCCUCGGCCAUUGCCGUCUCCGAGACGAGCGGGCACCACGUGCUCAAGAUCGAAGGCUACUCGCGGACGAAGAUGAUGCUCCAAAGGGGACAGCAUGUCGCCUCCGGAGAGUUCCAGGUUGGAGGCCACACAUGGCGCAUCAAGUACUACCCCAACGGCUGCGACCAGGGCAGCGCAGGUUACAUAUCCAUGCACCUCGAAUGCACGAUGGUCGCCACGGGCGUCGACGUCGUGCAUGCAAAAGUCAAGCUCAGCUUGCCCGGUCACGCCACGGAGUAUUUUCCGUUGUGUGCUUUCACCAAAGACGAGUGCACUUUCACCAAGCACGACACUUCCCUCAGCUUCGACAGAUUCGUCAAGAGGUCCGAGCUGGAGAGCUCAAGCUAUCUCAGGGAUGACUGCUUCAACGUCCGGUGCGACCUCGCCGUCUUCAUGAACGAGGUGCGCGUGGAGCCGGCGGUGGUGGUGCCGCCGCCCGCCCUGCCCCGGCACCUUUCCCAGAUGCUUUCCUAUCAGGAGGGGAGCGACGUGUCGUUCAAGGUUGGCCGCGAGACAUUCGCGGCGCACCGGUGCAUCCUUGCUGCCCGGUCACCGGUCUUCAAGGCAGAGCUCGUCGGCCCCAUGAAGGAGAACAAGAUGAGGUUCGUGCACAUCGAGGACAUGGACGCGGCCGUGUUCCAGGCACUGCUCCACUUCAUCUACACCGACGAGCUGCCCACCACGACCAGGAAAGAAGCGACAGCCAUGGCCCAGCACCUGCUCGUCGCGGCAGACAGAUACGACAUGGAGAGGCUAAAGCUUGUCUGCCAAGACAAGCUGUGCAGGCACCUCGACGCGGCCACCGCGGCGACGACCCUGGCACUGGCCGAGCAGCACCAGUACCCGCGGCUCAAGGAGGCCGUCUUCGCGUUUCUCUGCAGCUCGCCUGCCAACUUGAGAGCAGUCUUAGCGAGCGAUGGUUACGAGCAUCUGACUGCGAGUUGCCCCUCCAUUACCAAGGAGCUUGUCGCCAGGCUCGCAGCAACCCUCUAG